AUGGAGGGAGAUGUUGGACUUAAGAAGUCUCGAAGAAAGGCGAAGCAUGUUCCGGCAUCUCCAAGCUCUCUGAAAGGGCCCGAAAAGAAAUCCAGGGCCAAGAGUCGGCAAACAGCCGGACCCGCAAUCAAAUUCCAAGUCGCUCAGGCCAAUGAGACAUUCUCGACGGAGCAGGACUAUCUCAUCUCGGUCAUUAUCGAGAGUUUCACCCCUGCUCAGGAAAGAUCAUUGGUCCGGACGGUAGACGGCACAGCUGCCUGUCUCGACUCUCGGGUCUGUGGCUCCUGGGUCACUCUGCUUCCAGAGAUUGCAGCACGCUCUUUGUUACAUCCGGCUGUUCUUCAGUUUGCGAUUAAAUCGCUGGGCUAUUCGAUCCUGAGGAAAACCCCACUGGCACUUGAGGCCUAUGGCGAGACUCUUUCUCUAUUAAAAUCUACCCUUACUAUGGCCAGAAAAGUGUCAUUUGAAGAAUUAUUGGCCAUAAUAUUGUGCUUGACUCUCGCUGAGGUCCUACUAGGCACUGAACACAAUGGAUGGUCAGCGCACACUCGAGGUGUUUGUAAACUAAUCCAAGAGAAAGGCCCAGAAGCUUUCAAAACAGGCGUUCUGCAUCAGCUUUUUGCAGGCUUCCGGAUAUUCAUGCUACUCGGAGCAAUUCAACAACGAAAAGAAAGCUUCCUUGAUGAGUCCGCGUGGAAAUUAGAGCCUUUUUCGUCUGAGUCAAAAUCUUUAAUGCAGAGCCUGCUAGACGAGAUUUCUGGUCUGCCAUCCCUUCUGCAGCGGCUUGACAUAAUCUCUAAAUCAGGCCAAGAGCAUCAGAAGGAGGAGAUUGUGGCUCUCUACAAAGAUUUCGACACUCAGUUGCUUCGUCUCGAGGACUGGGAAGCAAAUCUCAAAAUAAGCACAAAUUCUAGAGUGUUGUGGUGGCCUGUUGCAUCAUCUCCGGACCACGAAACUUCUUCUCCAAUCUCAUACGAAUUUGCGAAUAUCCUAGUUGCCAACACAAUGUCUCAUUAUUGGAGCUUUCUCUUAGUUAUACAAAUAUCAACAUCGGCUCUGCUAGCCCUUUCCAAGGAGAAGGGAAUUGAUAUGGCCUGUCUUUUGAAGCAGCGGACGAUCUCACCAGAAAACAGGGUAGCGCUCGCAAAAGACAUCUGCCAGAGUAUGCGAUACCAUCUCCAGGCCGAGAUGGGACUAUAUGGGCCAGCGGCAACACUGUAUCCUAUCAACGUGGCGUUGCAAAUCUUUAGGGAGGAAAAUAAGCUGGAGGAGGUCGUAUGGUGUGAGAACUUCAUCUCCAAACUAGAAACGAUGGGCAUCCUACUCGCGUCACAUAUACCUUCGGUUGAAACGGGGACUAAAAACCCCACUUAA